AUCCAUUGAUUCUCCUCCUCCUUUUCCAGUAUCCAAUCAACUUUGGCACCCCUGCAUUAGGUUGUCUCUCGUAAUCUGCUUAUUUAUACCACCCUUAUCCUUUGACUACCUACCAUCGGCUUUGAGUUACCUGAUAUAUUCUGCUGGGUAAGCUCUCUAGGUUGAAGUAACUUCAGUUUCUGAAGAUAUUUCAAAGUUUAGGGCCUGCGAAACAUAAUGGAUCGCGGAUCUGCUGCAGAUUCCAGGCUCACCAGAUCUACCAGUGUUAUUGAGAGCACAAGCAUGAUGAGUGUUUCCAGUAGAUGGAGGCCAACAGCAUGCCAAAAAAGAAUACUGGAGUCCUUUUUCGCGAAUGGAACUAGAAAGCCUUCUGUGGAGCAAGUAAACCGCAUUACUGCAGAGCUGCAGCUCCACGGACCAGUUGAAGGCAAAAACGUCUUCUUCUGGUUUCAGAAUGCCGCUGCCAGAGAUAAACGGAAGAGAGAAAGACCAGAAACAUCAUCCCCAAAGUGGCCUGCAGUACUUAAGCCGCGCAACUGGACUUCUUUAUUCCGUUCGAAGAAGUCCUCUGACAAGAAGAGCUAUGUCCAGAUGGAGGAAGAGGAAGAGGAAGAAGAAGAGGAAGUUGAUAGCGGACCUCGCAGGAAUUCCUCAGUAGAUCCGUCUGAUAUAAGGACAUUGGAAUUGUUUCCUUUGCAUCCUGAUUUGUGAGGGCGCAGGCGUUCCUGGUUUUGCUUUUGUGUAGUCUAGGGUUUAAUAAACAGAAUGCCGGAUGAAGAUAUUUGGAAUAUGAAAAUGUAGUAGCGCAUGUUCUAUAUUGCUGCGAUGCUACAGAAUGAGUUACGUUUUGUGAUCAUGUAGCACUUGCAGAGAUUUUUAUAUAUUGAAAUUUUUCUCAA